AUGGUAGCCGAAGCGCGCGCCUCUAUAUGGGCGCGGCUUAAAGCUGUGAAGCCGCCCUUCGUCUCCAAGAAACCCCAUUUCAACUUUAUUUCCAUCCACUAUACAUGGAUUAUUGGCGCAACCUUGUUGGCUUCGGUCAUUAUUUACGGUUCUGGUCGUGGUCAAACGUCCUAUGUCGAUUGCCUCAUGUUCGCAAGUGGAGCCAAUACGCAGGCUGGCCUUAAUCCCAUUGACGUCAAUCUUCUCAAUACCUUUCAGCAGGUGGUUGUUUACUUCUUCACCAUAACAUCGAACCCCAUUACUUUACACACUUCGGUUGUCUUCCUACGUCUUUAUUGGUUCGAAAAGAGGUUUCAGGGCUGGGUAACAGAUGCCCGACAGCGCCGUGCUACUAUUUCCAAAGCAAAGACUCGUCCGCGAAACUUGGACCGACAGAACGAAGAAGGAGUCAAUGGUCGACAUAUCACCAUUGUUCCUGACCAGGGCCGACGACCACGUAUCACCAACGACGGUAUCUUAUUAGACGGAAGCGAGGCCUAUCAAUCUCAAGCGAUUGUCGACGACGAUGACGACAACGACCAUCAACCGCGUAGACCACCGCCUGCGAGCAGCGAUGAGAGUGACACGGUUUCAGCUGGACGGUCCAAUAGCAUAGAGCUGAGUCCACUCGAAAAGCCUGAUCAGGCUCAUCAUGAUGGCCGGGAUGGGUGGAGAGAGGAAACUGGCAAAACACAGAAUACACCAUCUGGGAUCAAAUUCGCCGAGACAGUUAAGAGAAGUGACGGCGUUGAUGACGAUUUGACCAAGUUUCCUCAACGAAGGACCCAUGCAGAGCACAUUGCCAUCUUGGAACGCCAGCGAAACCAAGACAACGAAGUGUUGAGAAUUCCAGGCCCACGAGAAACUGAGAGAGGAAUGGGACCGCGACGGCUGGAAGAUGAUGAUGGGGAUGAUGAUAACAACACCAUUGCCAUGACGAGAACGGUAGAAUCAAGACCGGAUCAUGCGACCAUUGACUCCAGAAGGCCGGCUGGACGUAGGCCAACGAUCGUCAUCGCGGAGCCCAAGCGUCCUAUAAAGCACGAACUGACUGACGAUGCCAGAGCUGUUGGCGGCACUCUUGAUGCUCUUAGAAUGCGAAAGCCUCGUAUGUUCAACCGUGGCCAAAAGGAGACACACGAGGACGACGGGGACAGUACAAUGAAUCGUGCUUUCCGAACGCGCACAAUAGAUACCAUCAAGUCAGCUUUAACGAGCGAUCACACCAAGGAUAUGCCUUAUCUCAGUUACACCCCGACUAUGGGUCGAAAUUCUAACUUCGUGGGGCUGACUCUUGAGCAACGAGAGGAAUUGGGUGGUAUUGAAUAUCGGUCACUACGUACUCUGGCCGUUAUAUUACUUUCCUACUUUUGGGGCUUCCAGCUGAUUGCCGUAACCUUCCUCCUACCUUUCAUUCUUCACAACGAAAAGUAUGGUAGUGUUGUUGACGGCGACGCCGUUUCCAGAACUUGGUGGGGAUUCUGGACAGCUAACUCGGCUUUCAACGACUUGGGUCUGACCUUGACCCCGGACAGCAUGAAUUCCUUCAAUACUUCGGAGUAUGUCAUGAUGAUCAUGUGGUUUUUCAUUAUCAUUGGAAACACUGGCUUUCCCGUCAUGCUGCGUUUUGUCAUUUGGGUAUUGUCGAAGCUUGUACCAACGAACACCGGCCUCUGGGAGGAACUGAGGUUUCUUCUCGACCACCCACGUCGAUGCUUUACCCUUCUCUUUCCCUCUAGUGCUAAUUGGUGGUUGUUUUGGAUUCUUGUCGCCUUGAACGCUAUCGACUUGCUAUUCUUCGUUGUACUCGAUCUGAAUUCGGGCCCAGUCGCUCAGUUGCCGGUCCAUACUCGCAUCGCUGAUGGUCUCUUUCAAGCCGCUUCAACUCGAACUGCAGGAUUCUCCUGUUUCAGUUUGGGUGACCUCCACCCCGCUAUUCCAGUGCUGUAUAUGAUUAUGAUGUACAUUUCCAUCUUUCCCAUUGCCAUUUCCAUCCGCCGAACCAACGUCUACGAAGAAAAGUCCCUUGGAGUGUACAGCAGCAAGAAGGAAGAAGACGACGAGGAAGACGCCGGUGCUCUCAACUACGUCGGCACUCAUUUGCGGCGCCAACUCUCCUUCGAUUUAUGGUAUGUCUUCGUGGGAUUCUUUCUCCUCGCUAUUACCGAGGGCAGCAGUCUCAAAGCAAAAGACUUUAACUUGUUCGACGUUCUCUUCGAGGUUAUCAGCGCGUACGGAACUGUCGGCCUGAGUAUGGGUGUAUCCAAUGUCAAUGCAUCUCUUUGCUCGCAGUUUACUGUGGUCGGCAAACUGAUCAUUGUUGCCAUGCAAAUUCGUGGGCGACAUCGUGGCUUGCCAUAUGGCCUGGAUCGGGCUGUGCUUCUGCCAAGUGAAGCACGUUUCCAGAAAGAAGCCGAAGAAAAUCAGCCAAUUCUUAUUCGCACGCGCACAAAUGCAUCCUUAGGAGCGACUUCUGGCAUGGAACCUCCGACAAGUCCAACAUUCCCUGGUCGAAGAGGAAGUAUGAACCGUUUCCGCGAGCGAGCAAACAGUCGAAUCAUUUCUCAGUUCCUCUAUCCUGGGCCUGUUAUCCCGAGUGACGAGAUCCACGGUCACAAGCGCGCGACCUCAAAUAAUUCUAAUAACAUGCGAGACUUCGCACGAUCGAACACUGAGCCGGUGUUUGACGAGGAAAAGGAUGAGGUUCCGCCCCUGCGGCCUAUCGAAUCCCACCAAUAUACCCCUCGUCGAGCAGAAACUAGCUGA